GCGCGGCAGUCGGCCCUGCUGCGAGGCAGGAUGGCGUCCCUGCGGCAGGACGUGGCGCACCUGGAGCAGGCGCUGAUGGCCAGCAGCCAAAACACGCAGGCCUACGGCGUGACGCGGAAGGAGCUCGCCCGGAGAGGCGACCUGCUCGCAAAACUGUCGGAGCAGGCGGAGGGCAUCCAG